GUUUUUGUGUCGCCGACUCGCCGUGUCACUUGUCAAUUGAGUUCAAAACGUAUUUGGACUGUUUGUCAUCACAUCAGAGUUCCACACUCACGACCAGUGUUCACUUCGACGGUGACGACGCCAUUUCCGCUGCCAUUGCCGUGCUUUCACAGUGACGACGUCUCUGCCGUUGCCGUUCACCCCCAUAACCAGUUCACCGCCGCCGACGCUGUUACUCGCCGAUCACCGGAUUCUUCAGUCACCCUCACCACUUAUUUCACAAAAGAGUCUCAAAGCUCAUUGCCAUAGAGUUUCAUCACUUUGAAAAACCAGCUUCAGAAGAAAAAUGGCUUCAGAGAAGGCUGUGAUUCCUGAGCCAGCAAAUUGCUGCAGCAAAUGCGAGGAGUUGAAGAAGAAGUGUGAGCAGGUUGUAGUGGGUCGGAAUGCUCUUCGCCAAGCUGUCAAGAUCCUUGAAAAAGGAAUUGAAAAUCUGGAAUCUGAGAAUAAGAAGCUCAAAAAAGAUAUUCAAGAAGAACAAGCACAGAGAAAAGUUGCGAUAGAGGGAAAGCUGGAAAUAUCCAAUACUUUUGCUGCUUUAGAGAAUGAAGUUUCUGCCUUAAUAUCUGAGAAUAAGAAGCUCAAACAAGAUAUUCUAGAAGAACAAGCACAGGGAAAAAUUUGUGAUCAGUUGAAGAAGUGUGAGAAGGUGGUAGAGGGGCGGAAUGCUCUUCGCCAAGCUGUCAAGAUCCUUGAAAAGAGAAUUGAAAAUCUGGAAUCUGAGAAUAAGAAGCUCAAAAAAGAUAUUCAAGAAGAGCAAGCACAGAGAAAAAUUGAGAUAGAGGGAAAGCUGGAAAAAUCCAAUGCUUUUGCUGCUUUAGAGAAUGAAGUUUCUGCCUUAAAAUCUGAGAAUAAGAAGCUAAAAAAAGAUAUUCUCGAGGAACAAGCACAGAGAAAAGUUGCGAUGGAGGGAAAGCUGGAAAUAUCCAAUGCUUUUGCUGCUUUAGAGAAUGAAGUUUCUGCCUUAAAAUCUGAGAAUAAGAAGCUCAAACAAGAUAUUCUAGAAGAACAAGCACAGGGAAAAUUUUGUGAUCGGUUGAAGAAGAAGUGUGAGAAGGUGGUAGAGGGGCGGAAUGCUCUUCGCCAAGCUGUCAAGAUCCUUGAAAAGGGAAUUGAAAAUCUGGAAUCUGAGAAUAAGAAGCUCAAGAAAGAUAUUCAAGAAGAACACGCACAGAGAAAAGUUGAGAUAGAGGGAAAGCUGGAAAUAUCCAAUGCUUUUGCUGCUUUAGAGAAUGAAGUUUCUGCCUUAAAAUCUGAGAAUAAGAAGCUAAAAAAAGAUAUUCUCGAGGAACAAGCCCAGAGAAAAGUUGCGAUGGAGGGAAAGCUGGAAAUAUCCAAUGCUUUUGCUGCUUUAGAGAAUGAAGUUUCUGCCUUAAAAUCUGAGAAUAAGAAGCUCAAACAAGAUAUUCUAGAAGAACAAGCACAGGGAAAAUUUUGUGAUCAGUUGAAGAAGAAGUGUGAGAAGGUGGUAGAGGGGCGGAAUGCUCUUCGCCAAGCUGUCAAGAUCCUUGAAAAGGGAAUUGAAAAUCUGGAAUCUGAGAAUAAGAAGCUCAAGAAAGAUAUUCAAGAAGAACAAGCACAGAGAAAAAUUGAGAUAGAGGGAAAGCUGGAAAUAUCCAAUGCUUUUGCUGCUUUGGAGAAUGAAGUUUCUGCCUUAAAAUCUGAGAGUACGAAGCUCAAAAAAGAUAUUUUAGAAGAACAGGCACAGAGAAAAGUUGCGAUAGAGGAAAAGCUGGAAAUAUCCAAUGCUUUUGCUGCUUUAGAGAAUGAAGUUUCUGCCUUAAAAUCUGAGAUUGCUGCACUGCAGCAGAAAUGUGGUGCUGGUUCUCGUGAAGGAAAUGGGGAUGUGGAAGUUCUGAAAGCCGGUAUAUCUGAUACUGAAAAGGAAGUCAAUACCUUGAAAAAAGAACUUGUGGAGAAAGAAAAGAUAGUAGCUGAUUCCGAGAGGAAGACUGCUGUGGACGAGAGAAAGAAGGCUGCGGCGGAAGCAAGGAAGUUAUUGGAAGCUGCAAAGAAAAUUGCUCCAGAGAAGGCUGUGAUUCCUGAGCCUGCAAAUUGCUGCAGCAAAUGCGAUGAGUUGAAGAAGAAGUGUGAGAAGGUUGCAGUGGGGCGGAAUGCUCUCCGCCAAGCUGUCAAGAUCCUUGAAAAGGGAAUUGAAAAUCUGGAAUCUGAGAAUAAGAAGCUCAAGAAAGAUAUUCAAGAAGAACAAGCACAGAGAAAAUUGAGAUAGAAGGAAAGCUGGAAAUAUCCAAUGCUUUUUCUACUUUAGAGAAUGAAGUUUCUGCCUUAAAAUCUGAGAUUUCUGCACUGCAGCAGAAAUGUGGUGCUGGUGCUCGUGAAGGAAAUGGGGAUGUGGAAGUUCUGAAAGCUGGUAUAUCUGAUACUAAAAAGGAAGUCAAUCGCUUGAAAAAAGAACACGUGGAGGAAGAAAGGAUAGUAGCUGAUUCUGAGAGGAAGACUGCUGUGGACGAGAGAAAGAAUGCUGCGGCGGAAGCAAGGAAGUUAUUGGAAGCUCCGAAGAAAAUAGCUGCUGAGGUAGAGAAGCAGAUUGCGAAAGUCGAACUUCGACAAGUUCACUUGGAGAAACAAGUUAAUGAAAGAAAAAUGAAGCUGGCUUUUGAGCUGUCAAAGACUAAAGAGGCAACCAAAAGGUUUGAAGCUGAAAAGAAGAAGCUGUUAGUGGAGAAAAUAAAUGCUGAGUCGAAGAUUAAGAAAGCUCAGGAGAGGUCUGAGCUUGAUAAAAAGACCGCCGAUAUGGAAAAACAGCAGGCAGAGGAGCAGAAGAAGCUUGCUGAAGACAAAUUACUGCUUUUGGGAGACAGUCUACAGCUUUAAAAGAUACGUGCGGAGUACGCGAGGGAAAAGGUUAAGCGUGAAACGAUGAAGGCUGAGCAUGAAGCACAUUGUCGCCGCAUAUUAGAGCAUGAAUUACACCACUUAAAGCGACUUUACUAAGCUUGCAAAUUUAUUGUGUGGAGAAAUGGACAAUUUACAGGCCAAGAGUGAUAGGGCUCACAAAAAGAGGAAGAAAUUUCAUUGGGGUAAAGCAGAUACUUCUGUGGGUGAAAAGAAGAAACAAAAGAAAUGAAAGCUGGUGUCUGUGAGGAUGCAAAUGACUGCAAGCAUGCAGGGAAUGGCAAUAUCACUCGCAUCGUAUACUCCCAUAUCUCAAGCAUGCAGGGAGAGGAUAUGUGAUGCCUUAAACAAUUUUGGUGAAGUGGGGAAUGGCAAUAUUAUGAAGUUGCUAGACUUAGAAAAUGUUGCUGAUGAGGAAUGCUUUAGAAAAGCAAUAGAUGAACCUUUGUCACCAUUUUUUCCGGAGAUAGAAAUGUUAGGUAUGGAUAAUCUGAUGCUUUUGCAGAGGAAGCACUUCAUGAAGACUUAUUGAGUCCAAGUUAGUUAGAUUUGAUGCCAUUUAUGUUGAUGAGAUAUAUUCAAUUCAGUUUAAUUCGUUAGACUACUACCUGCUUUAGGGGAUCAUUCAUAUGUAGUUUCAGUAUGUUAUAUUGCAUAAU